CUUUUCCUCGCACAUUUUUCCGCUUUCCUCCAUCGCAGGAAACGACCACGAUGGCGUCUUUCUGCCGCUCCGCCGCCGCCGCGGCCAGGUCGGCUGCGCUCCGGUCCAAGUCCCGGAUCGCGAGCCCGUUCCCGGCGACGAGGUCUCCCGUUUCCGCUCCUCGCCUCCGCAGGUCCACAGUGAAGAUGCUGGCGGGCGCGGAGUCGCUGAUGCCGCUCCACAGCGCGGUGGCUGGCGCGCGGCUACGGUCGUGCAUCGCCGCCGACUCCUCCUGCUGGAGCUGCCUCUCCCAAGGUUUGAUCAAGCGCAUCUGAUAAUGGCUAGGAGCGUAAUGUUGAAGAGCAUGGAUCACUUGCUCCUGUGUCAUUUUCAAGAUAUUUUCUUUCUUCUCUGAAGAAUAGGAUAUGUCAGUGUGCAUUAAUCAAAUUUUGUUGAAAAAGUUGCAGAUCUAAUCUGUUGGUGACUCGUUCACAACUAUUGUUUAAUUCCACUCUAUGCAAUAACAGAGUUACCGCAGUUCCUUAACGUAAUGUUUGUUUUAUGGACA